AUGAAGAGGAAUGGAACAAUGGUUGUAGUUAAACAGACAUGCAGCAAGUGUAUCUUUGGGUAUGAGUGGUAUUCGCAACCAAUAAUUUUGAACAAAUACGCUGCUGGAAACCUCCUAUUGAGUUUUGCUAUUCUUAUGGCUGGUGCCUCAGUUAGUAAAAUCCUUUUGGUGUUCAGACAUAUGGGUCUAUGUGCAUACACAGUACGUUCAUUCUUUCGUCAUCAAAGCAAACUCGUUGUUCCAACAAUUCUACAUUGCUGGGAAGCUUAUCAAGCUAAACUUAUAAAGGGACUGAAGGCUACAAAAGAUGUUGUUUGGUGUGGCGAUAGGCGGUUUGACUCCAUGGGUCACUCGGCCAAAUAUGGAGUCUACACAAUGUUAUCACCAACAAUUAUGAAAAUUGUCCAUUUUGAACUUGUUCAGGUAGGUAGAAUUUACAUAAGCUUUUACGGUUAGAAACUUAGAACACGGUGCACAAAUGUUGACAUUGAUAUGCUUCAUUUCAACAGGCUGAAUCAGCACAGUGUAAUGCACACAAUAAUUCCAAUACAACCCACUUAAGAGCUUUUUUAGAUAGUGUAUGA